CGCGAGGCCGGGGCACGGGCACAGCGCGCGCCCAGCGCACCAGCCCAGCCGCGCCCGACCCGGCCCGGCCCGACCCGGCCCGGCCGCACCGCCCGGCACGGGCACUGCCACAGCCCCGGCACUGCCACAGCCCCGCCGGCACCCGCGGGAUCCGCCUCGCAGCAGGGGCAAGGUGCGGCGGUGGGAGGCGGCGGCGGAGCGGCUUUGUUGGCUUGGAGGGGAGCGGCGCCUCGGCGAGAGCCCACCAUGGUGCAGCAGGCAGAGAGUACGGAGGCGGAGAGCAACCUGCCCCGGGAGGCGAUGGACACCGAAGAGGGCGAGUUCAUGGCUUGCAGCCCCGUCGCUUUGGACGAGAGCGACCCGGACUGGUGCAAAACGGCGUCGGGACACAUAAAGAGACCGAUGAACGCGUUCAUGGUGUGGUCCAAGAUCGAGCGGAGAAAAAUCAUGGAGCAGUCCCCAGACAUGCACAACGCCGAGAUCUCCAAGCGGCUGGGCAAGCGGUGGAAAAUGCUGAAGGACAGCGAGAAGAUCCCUUUCAUCCGGGAGGCGGAGAGGCUGCGGCUCAAGCACAUGGCCGAUUACCCCGACUACAAGUACCGGCCCAGGAAAAAGCCCAAAAUGGACCCGUCGGCCAAGCCCAACGCCAGCCAAAGUCCCGAGAAAAACGCGCCCGCGAGCAGCGGCGGCAGCAAGAGCGCCAAGAGCUCCAGCAAGAAGUGCAGCAAGCUGAAAGCCUCCUCUGGCUCCUCGCCCCCAAAGCCGGGAGCCAAAACCGCCCACCACGGGGACUACACGGGAGACGAGUACGUCUUCGGCACCCUGAAAGUGAGCAGCAAGACGGUCAAGUGCGUCUUCAUGGAUGAGGAUGAGGAUGAGGACGAGGACGAGGACGAGCUGCAGCUGCGGAUCAAGCAGGAGGCGGAGGAGGAGGACGAGGACGAGGAGCCGGGGCCGCAGCAGCUCCGGCGGUACAACGUGGCCAAAGUGCCGGCCAGCCCUACCUUGAGCUCCUCGGCGGAGUCCACCGAGGGGGCCAGCCUGUACGAGGAGGUGCGGGGCGGCGCCGCGGCGGCGGGCGGCGGCAGCAGACUCUACUACAGCUUCAAGAACAUCACCAAGCAGGGCCCGCCGCCGCCGCAGCAGCCGCCCGGCCUCUCCCCGGCCUCCUCCCGGUCCAUCUCCACCUCGUCGGCCGGCAGCGAGGAGGCGGACGACCUGCUCUUCGACCUCAGCCUCAACUUCUCCCAGCACGGCCACGCCGCCGCCGAGCUGGGGGCGGGCGCCGCCGCCGGCAACCUCUCCCUCUCGCUGGUGGACAAGGACCUGGACUCCUUCAGCGAGGGCAGCCUCGGCUCCCACUUCGAGUUCCCCGACUACUGCACCCCGGAGCUGAGCGAGAUGAUCGCGGGCGACUGGCUGGAGGCGAACUUCUCCGACCUGGUGUUCACGUACUGAGCCGGGGAGGCGGUGAGAGCGGCGCAGCUGGAGCGGCGCAACGCCGGCGAUGAUGAUGAUAACGAUGAUAAUGAUUGAAAAAAAGUCUUGUUUUCUUAAAAAAAAAAAAAAUCUCGAAGUUAGUUCCGAACCCGGGAGUUGUGAUUUUAUUUUUUUUUAAUUAUUUUUUUUGUGUUUUUUUUUUUUAAUUUUUAUUGAGUUUGGUGAUCACAACAACAACAGCAAAGGCAAAUGGGACUGGGGGAAAAAAGAUACAGAAGGCGCUGUUUGAAGCUUGUCGGUCUCUGAUUGAAGUCUGGAAGAUGGUCUGCAAAGAAGUCUUUUGGCAGCACAACUGUUACUCAAGGGGGUUUGUGGAUUUUUUUAUUUUUUUUCCCGUGAGAGAUCUUAAAGAACUGUUCUUUUUUUUUUUUUUUUUUUCUGAAAGGGACCAUUGCAACUUUUUUUGGAGGGAGAAAACUGAUGUCUUCUAUGCAUCCGAUUCUUAACAAAGCUGCAGGGAGCUUGAAAAAAUGCAGACUGUACAAACGCUUACAAAUAACUGAACUGACUUAAGAUCAGAGUUUACUUUUCAGAUCAAAUUGUUUAUGGUUUUACAAAUGUGAUUUCUACUUGCCAACUUUUUUUUUUGUAACUUGUUCCCUUAUACCUCCUUGAUUGAAUACCAGACAGCCUAGACCUCAGUACAAAAAGGUAUUGAAACAUUUUUGAUACAUAACAGACCUCAGUCUUUUUUAAAAAUUAAUAUAUUUUCAGGCGUAUUUUUGUACAGUGAAAAGGGAACAUUCUUGCUGUGUUUUUUCAGUAAGACUUUUCAGGCACUUCUUCCCUUUUAUUUUCUUUGUUUUUCUCUGUUUUUAGCAUGCAAGUUUGUUGGUACGUUACGUCCUGGUUUUAAAAGGAUUAAAAUUUUAAAAAAGUAAUCCUUGCAUCUAAAGGCCUUGUGGUUUAAAAAAAAAAAAAAACAAACACUUUUUUUGUACAGCUAUAGUUCAGAUUUGUUCAAUAUUUGUAGGUAAAGAUUUAUUGAAAAUGGUGAUAUAGACCUCAGAGCUGUUAUCUUAGUUUAAAAGAUUGUAUAUGUACUGUACUAUAGUAGGACUUUAUGUAUCUCAUACGCUGUGAUAUGUGGAUGGGGCCCCAGAUGGAAGGUAUGAAACUGGAUUCUCGAUUUUAGCAAAAAAAAAAAGAAGAAAAAAGAAAAAAGGCACAUAGUUAAAAAAGUUUCUCAUGUUGUGCAAUAUAAUCUAAAGUACAGACCAUCUGCAUAUUUUGUAGCAAAUGAUGGCAAAAGCAGACUUGUGCACUGUCAACAUCAUAGCCUGUUUUUUUUUUUUUUUUUUUUUUUAAAUGCUGAAAGUCUGUAUCUUGACAAUUUUAAUAAAUCAGCUGGAACUGAUAGAAA